AUGACGUCCCUGAGACCCUUCACCUGUGAUGAUCUCUUCCGCUUCAACAACAUAAACUUGGAUCCCCUCACUGAAACUUAUAGGAUUCCUUUCUAUUUAGAGUAUCUGUCACACUGGCCAGAGUACUGCAUCAUUGCAGAGGCCCCUGGAGGAGAACCUAUGGGCUACAUAAUGGGGAAAGCAGAGGGCUCUAUGGCUCGAGAAGAGUGGCAUGGACACGUCACUGCAGUAUCUGUGGCACCAGAAUUCCGGCGCCUGGGCUUAGCUGCCAAACUAAUGGAACUUCUGGAAGAGAUUUCUGAGAGGAAAGGAGGAUUUUUUGUAGAUCUCUUUGUAAGAGUCUCAAAUCAGGUCGCAUUUAACACAUAUAAACAGCUGGGAUAUAGUGUUUACCGAACAGUAAUCAAGUACUAUUCAACCAGCAGUGGUGAGCCAGAUGAAGAUGCAUAUGAUAUGAGGAAAGCUCUAUCAAGAGACAUAGAAAAGAAGUCCAUUAUUCCACUUCCUGGACCUGUGAAACCAGAAGAUGUCUAUUAA